CGGCGGGUGAUUACACGAUUGCGUUACAAACCACAGGUCCGUAGCGAUGUGUGUUCUGGCAUUUUAAUUUUGAAUUCUUCGAUUCGUUGAGUUCAAUACAGUAACCUACUGAAGGUUUCAUAGUAUAUAACAAUGUCGUCGACUCAAAAUGGUAUCACUGAACGUGACCCACGUUACUGUCGACUUUGGAAGUGCCAAGUUUCAGUUGGCGAACUCUAUCGGUGGAUUUUAGCCAAGCUUUCUGACAAGGAUAUCAAAAGGGCUCUACAUAAAUAUCGGGAUUUGAUGCCUAGACAAUCGGACUGGAAUAGAAAACUUACACAAGCUACGAGUAUGCCUGAACUUGGGUUUCGAUAUCUUUAUCGAUGUGGUCAGAUUGAUGAAAGUAAUCAUAGGACUAUGCAGAAAAUGUUGAAGUAUAUUGAUCGUCAAGAUGUACUUCCUUAUUUUGAUACAAUUCUAUAUAAUACGAAUCAUGCAAAUUGUUCUCUAGAAGAACUUCAAAAAGUACUUUUGGAUAAAGUCAACGUGUUUCUAGAGCAUUCUUCUGUGUUAUAUGAAGAAGAAGUACAUCCCGAACCCGCAUAUGAAAUAAUACGACGUCAGCCAGUUGAAAGUUCACGAGUCACAAGAUUAAGUUUGAAAAGGAAAUCAUCUGGCACUGAUAGUCCCUGUUACAUUGUAAAACGAGCACGUAGAUCAAUCAAUUCAUCGUCGUUAUCAUCGUUUUCACCAUCAUCUUCGAAAACUGGUCAGUUGCAUGGUACGGAUAUAUCACCUCUUCGAUGUUGCAGUAAAGUGAGAUCAGCAAUUAUGGCAAAUUCGUUGAAUGGUCCUGUUGUGCAUACUAUGCUUUCUGCAUCACUUAUUAAUAUGCUAGCAUCUUUACAUACCACUUUGUCUCAAGCAUUGGAAAAUUCCAGUUCAUUGAAUAACAGCAAUACCCCUGGGAAUUGCGUGAAUAAUUUCAACCCUCCGUCGUCUUCAUCUUCUCUUCCUGCAAAUAAUCAUUUAAUUUUUCAUUUAUUAACUAUUAUGCCGCAUUUAAUUGCUAUUUCUCGUUCAAACCAAUCAUCUAAUCUAAGUAUUAUACCUAAUCCUGUACUUCCUCGAUCUUGUGGUCAUUCAAAUGGUAACAAUAACAAUAAUAAUAAUAACAAUAAUAAUUAUGCAGGAAUUUACGGACCGAGAUUUAUAGGCCUUCAUAACAGGCCAAUGGUUAAUGUGGAGAGGCGCCCACCACCGCAACAGGUUCAAGAACACGUGGAUCCUGCUGUUCCACCUCAUAAUAAUAAUAACAAUGACUUAAACCUUGGAGCUAAUGGUAUUGAUGUACCUGUUAUUUACAAUCCUCAUGAUCAUGAUGGCGGUCGACUUGGUCUUGCUCCACCGCCGUAUAUUCGACUACUAGACAAUUUAGCAGCGGCAUCAGUCAACAAUCCUCAACAGCCAUCAACAAAUGCUCCUGUUUUACUAAAGCAUGUUGUUUUAUCAGCAGGUGGAGUCGGGAUUACUUCUUCAUCAAAUAAUUCAUUAAUUCAAUAUUAUUGUAAUAUUAAACUACAUGUCAGUAUUGAUUUUGGUCCAUCAACGGAAAGUUUGAGAAGAAUUCAGACACUUCAUCAAGACUUCCUUGAAAGGCAAAUUGAUUUUUUCAUUCAAGCGUCUAAUACGCUGAAAGCUCGUUCGCUGGGUGAAUUCGUCUGCAAUCUUCAGUUUACACGGCUUAAUCAACUUGAAGAUUUUUGGGCCGAUUAUCAAUCUGGAGCUUUAAGAUCUUAUCUUAUGUCAACACUGAAAAGUAAAAGAAAUCGAGGUUACUUUGGUGAACAACCACCUCCUCCAUCUCAGUCAUUUUCUUCGUCGUCAGUAGGUGAACAACCUGACGUUGCUGACCAACCAAGACAAAAUCAGCCAGUAAAUCCUGUAGACAAUCAUGUUAUGAAUAUCCCGCCUAAUGUUCAAGCAGUUCCACAUGGAAACAAUGCUAAUAUUCCCAGUUUGGAUAAUAAUAAUAAUGGAUUAGGGAAUGUAGCCAGUUCGAGUCUAUCCUCUCCACCUUCAAUUCCACCAAAUAUGGCUCAAGAUGCUCAUUCACUUAACACUCUGUUGUCAGCUUCUAUUGAGAUAUUGAGUCGUACAUUUCAACGUAUUCGUCGACGUGACCUAGCCAUUCCAGUAGCAUCGAUACCUCCAGAUCAUGCAUCGAAUGAUUUUACUAAAUUUGAAUUAAAUUUAUUUGUAUCACGUCGAGAAUAUGAAAAUGGUCGAUGUUUGUUAAUGCGUAAUCUACGAAGUAUACCAAAUUUAUGUCAGUUGGUUUCAGCGUCAACAAUUCUACCUACAGUCGAGGGUAUUAAUACUACUUCUACUACUACUGCAGCAGCAACAGUACCAUGAGUAGUGGAUGAAUGCAGACUAUGGAUAUGCAGAGUGUAUUCUAAUGUAUUUUUUGACCUUAAUGAUUUUUGGUUACUUCACUCAUUUAUUCUUUUGUCUUAACAUGUGAUAAUAGUAGUUUAAAGUAUCACUUUUGAAUCACUUCCUUCUCCCUAACGCUGACUUUUUAAGUAGUCAGCAUUCGCCCAGUCAGUCAUGGGUUCGAAUCCUUCUCCAAUUCAAUUCUCGUUUUGUUUGUUUGUGUUUUCUGUUUUGUUUCAUGUUGUUUGUUUCUUUUCCGUGUAUGGUGAGCAAAUAAAUAGGUAAACAAAAUAUUUAUAUUACUUUUUCUACAUAAUUAUGGGUUUGUAAUGUGUGUAAAUAAACAAAUAAAUAAAUAUUUUUGGGAG